CUCUCUCUGGGCCACGACGUGGACACAACGACUUUCGCACUUGCUAUGCUCGGACGAACGCCGUCGCAGGUUAUUGCCUGUGUCGCUCAUCGACAACGAUGCCCUCUACGCCUCUCUAUGCGUGGUAUCCGCACCCAGCCAGCGCAUGAGCACCCAACAGAGCACAAUGACGACCAGCCUGUAAAGACGAUUCCUAGUUUCGGUUCCGCUACACCCCGCCAGCUAGUCGAAUACCUGAAUCAAUUUGUCAUCGGGCAGGAGAAUGCCAAAAAGGUUCUUUCGGUAGCGAUAUUCAACCAUUACAACCGCGUCCGUGCCAACAGGUCACUCUUCCAACCAAGGGGUACACGUAUGGCAGAUCAGUUUGAUGAUGUUGUGUACCCAACGAAUGUACGCCCUAUACGUAAACCGACAACCAACGCUUCAUCCUUCAUGUCUCACGCACCAUUCCCAUUAUUUGAGAAGAGCAAUGUGCUAGUCAUAGGACCUACAGGAUCAGGAAAAACUCUUUUGGCCCGGACACUCGCCAACGUUCUCGACGUUCCAUUCUCAGUCAGCGACGCAACAUCGUUCACUCAGGCCGGAUAUGUCGGCGAGGAUGUGGAUAUGGCAAUACAAAGACUAUUACAAGACGCGAAUUAUGACCCAGUGCGAGCAAGCAUGGGUAUCGUGUACAUAGACGAGAUUGACAAGAUUGCUCGGCGAAAUGGGUCAGGUAUGGAGGGCUCGAGAGACGUGUCCGGAGAGGGCGUUCAACAAGCACUCCUCCGUAUGAUGGAGGGUUCCGUGGUCACCGUCCAAAUCAAAGGCGGCGAGGCGCACCCUCCUCCUGAGACGCAAUCUAGAAAUGGACAAGGCGCGCCGAGUCCCUCUGUCGCCCCAGCCAAGAAUGAUAUAUACCAUAUUGAUACCUCGAAUGUGCUGUUCAUAUUAAGCGGCGCAUUCGUCAAUUUGGACAAGAUUGUGAGACAGCGGGUAUCCAAAGCUUCAAUAGGGUUCAGCACGUCUGAAGACGGCGGCCCUGCUCUUCCUUUUUUCACCCCCAAUCGAAAGGCGAAUGCGACCAUUUUGGAGUUGGUGGAGACACCCGAUCUAGUACAAUAUGGCUUCAUACCCGAGUUCAUAUCCCGUCUACCAUCCAUCACGACCUUGGCACCACUGACAAUACCCGACUUGCGGAGGAUAUUGACGGAGGUCAAAGGAUCUUUGAUGUCGCAGUACCAGGCUCUGUUCGGCUAUUCCGGUGUCGAUAUACGUUUUACAAGUGCCGCAAUUGAUGAGAUAUGCCGGAAGGCGGCAGACAAAGGUGGUGGAGCAAGAGGAUUGAGGGGUAUUAUGGAGAACUUGUUGCUGGAUCCGAUGUACGAAGUUCCGGGAUCGGACAUUCGUCAUGUUCUGAUAACGGAAGACAUUGUAAAGGGGAAGACAAGUGCCUUGUAUUGGCAGAGAAGUGAAGGUGCUGCUGUAGCCUUUUUGAAAGCUUGGGCAGCAGAGGAAGCCGCAUAUGGUCGUAGGGCAAAGGAAAGCUCGUAGCGGGGACAUUGUAUUUGCGUACAUAUGGAUUGUAGACAUUAGUGUAAUAUUUAAUGAUAUACUUAGUACGACGCUUUGCAG